AUGAAGUCUCUCUCUCGUUUAGUGUUACCGUUCAUCGGAAACACAAUUUCACUCGUCCGGAAUCCCACCAAGUUCUGGGACCUUCAAUCCGCCAUGGCUAGAUCCUCUGACAUGGGAUUUUCCGUCAACUAUAUAAUCGGAAGAUUCAUCGUCUUCAUCCGCUCUACCAACCUUUCCCACAAAGUCUUUGCUAACGUCAAACCCGACGCCUUCCACCUCGUCGGCCACCCAUUUGGUAAAAAGCUUUUCGGCGAGCAUAAUCUUAUUUACAUGAUGGGUCAAGAACACAAGGAUUUACGACGCCGUAUUGCCCCCAACUUCACCCCUAAAGCUCUUUCAACUUACACACAGCUUCAACAAGACAUCAUCCUCAAACACCUUAAAUAUUGGAUGGAGUCGCCGGAAUCCAUCAUCCUCAAACACAGCUUCAACAAUAAAUCAUGGAUAGAGUCGCCAGAAUCCUACACUAAACCCUUUCCUCUCCGGUUGCUCUGCCGCGACAUGAAUUUAGAAACCAGUCAGAAUGUUUUCGUUGGCCCGUAUUUGAGUGGGGAUUCGAGGAAGAGAUUCGAAGUGGAUUGCAAUUUCUUCAAUGUCGGAUUAAUGAAACUACCGAUUGAUUUAUCGGGAACUGCUUUAAGAAACGCUAGAUUAGCAGUAUCGAGACUCAUCGAAACCCUCUCCGUUUGCGCGGAGGAUAGUAAAACAAAGAUGAAAACCGGCGAGGAUCCUACUUGUUUAGUCGACUUCUGGAUGCAAGACACUCUCCGUGAAAUCGUCGCCGCGGAAGAAGCUGGAGAACAACAACCACCACCGCACAGCAACACCACCGAGAUCGGCGGCCACCUCUUCAACUUCCUAUUCGCAUCACAAGACGCCUCCACCUCCUCCCUCCUAUGGGCGGUGACGUUACUCGACUCCCACCCGAAGGUCUUGGAGAGAGUAAGAAAACGCCCCUCAAUUUCUAAUGAAGAUUCAAAUGGAACCAUCGACAACGAGGAGCUAAAACGAUGCUUACAGAAGCUGCAAUUUCAAUGCACCGAUCAAGAAAUCGGCGAUCUUUUCGUGUCAUGUGACGUGGACGAUAGCAACGGGAUACAAUUUAACGAAUUCAUUGUUCUUUUAUGUCUGAUUCACCUUCUCGCGGGUCCUUCUUCCUCAUCUCAAUCGACAUCGACAGUGGGGUCCCCGGAGCUCAAAGCAACAUUCGAUACCAUAAUCGAAGCUUUCUUGUUUCUUGAUAAAAAUGGCGACGGAAAGCUGAACAAGAAGGAUAUGAUUAAAGCUAUGAACGAAGAUGACCCGAUGGAGAAAUCGCCUACGCGUAUCACCAAAACCCGAUUCAAAGAAAUGGACUGGAAUAAAGAUGGGAAAGUUAGCUUUAGGGAAUUCCUCUUCUCUUUGAUCGAUUGGGUCGGAUUUGACUCCACCGAUGAAGUGCCUGUAACGCCGAGUUGAUUCCGGUGUACGACAAUGGUGAAAUUAUCAGGCUUUUAGACUCCAAAUCUUCUUCGUGUUAUAUGUUUUUAGUUCAUAUAUAUUCUUAUUUCGUAAAAAUACAAUUUGAGUAUUUACAAUUUUUAUAAUAUAGUUUUUGACAAAAGUGUCCCUUGUCAACAAGAAUCAAAUUGUCUCUCAUUUAAAUUCAUUCAUACUCUUAUGCAUAAUUUUGGGCAAUGAAGAUCAUUCAUAAACAUAAUAUGAUACACAAUCACAAAUCAGAAACAAGAAGAGCAUCCCAAAUUGAAUCCAUGUCUAAAGACGGCAUUCUACUAAGCUGAAUCCCUUCUCUGGCAUCUGGCGGCACCACCACUUUAACCUCUGUCCCACCUACAACCACCACGGAUGCCGGUAAACCUGCCUCCGGCAAUGGUGGUGCUAAGUCAUCAUUACCCUUCGUGUCCACCAUCUCUCUUGACAUGGCUUGCAACUUCGCUUUGAGCAAAGUUGCAGUGUCGCCGUUUAUUGAGUUAGCUUUCAGCUGUUUUUUUAGAUUUGGGAAGUUUAAAAACGCGCAAUCACCUCUUAGAAUAUAUGCAGCUGUAUCAUAUGCAAAUGCAGCAUCUUCGGCUUUUUCAAAUGUUCCAAGCCAUACACGUGUCCGGUUUCUUGGUAACCGGAUUUCGGCUACCCAUUUUCCCCAUUGCCUUUGCCUUACGCCUCUAAAUAGCUUCCUUGGUGAACAUAUUGGAGCGCUUUCGAAUGUCGUAUUUAGAAUAUGUCUCCUGGUGUAUUUCAUUGGUUGAGCUCUGGUAUUCAACCAAUAAUGAUCGCUAGUUGACUUCUGGCUGAUCUUUAGCCAAUCUGUUGGUUGCAGAUUGGCUACAACCUCGAGGUUUUGGAUAAACCUUGAGGUGUUGGUGAAUAAACUUGAAGAUGGUAUGGUGGCUUCUGCGAAGCCACCAAAAUCUGGUGUCAAGAACGAUAAUAUUGAACAAUUGCCGCCAUCGCUUGCUCCAUGAGUGGCGGGGUUAUAUUGAGUGUUUGAAAGGUUGGAAUCGGAAAAUGUUUGUGAGGCUUCUAGUCUUUGAUGAAAAUAAGAAGAAACUUGUGGAAAAAGAUUGUGAUUCUCCAUUAUAAUUGAAAGAGAUGGGAGGUUCAAGUGGGGCAAAGAU